UCUUACCCUACACACAUUACUUAAUACACCCGUGUAUCUGCAAAAGGCAAUACACAACAAAUAUGACCCCAUCUGCUGCAGAGUGCAAGCUCAUCUCUCCCCUAUAAUCUCUUGCUAAUACACAAGGUGCUCUCAUGCAGCAAAGAAGAAUCAACUUAAAUCGCGGUGUACGCGCUGCCGUUAACACUUUCCUAGUUAAAAUUUUAGCCAAUCUUUCCUAAUUAAUUAAUCAUUAUCAUUUGCCAAACUUUGCUGCAAGCCUGCGAAUAUAUAUAUCCCUCCGCCCCCCUAGCUGCGCUUUCCGAAGCACCGAACCAAACAAAGGCAGGCACUCGAUUUCCAAGCGUGGGAGCGGCCGUAUUUGUUUAAGGUUGGUGCCGGGCGAGGCCGAUGGAGGCGGAGAAGAAGGCGGCCAUGGAGGAGGCGAAGGCGGAGGUGGCCGCUGAUGUGAGCCUGAAGGAUCUGUCCAGGAGGCUGGACAACUUCGCCAAGGAGAGGGACUGGGAGAAGCACCACAGCCCAAGGAACCUUCUGCUUGCCAUGGUCGGCGAGGUCGGGGAGCUGUCGGAGCUGUUCAUGUGGAAAGGCGAGGUGCAGAAGGGCUUGCCUGGCUGGGAAGAGAGGGAGAAGGAGCACCUCGGCGAGGAGCUCUCCGACGUGCUGCUCUACCUGAUCCGGCUCUCUGACAUGUGCGGCGUCGACCUCGGCGACGCGGCCCUGAAGAAGAUCGUGAAGAACGCCGUCAAGUACCCGGCGCCGUCAAAGAGCGCCUGAUGAGCAAACGCCUAGUAUGAUCUGCAGAGGAAUUGUCUACUUUUUUGCAGUUUGAGAACAUGAAGUUCCGGCAAACUUGUUGUGGUCGGUUGGGUCAAGUUAAAUUUUGAUAGUUUCA